AUGAAACCACCGCAGUCAACAAUCAUUCAGGGGUUUAUCUUGACACACUUCCUUCCCCGCUUCAAAGAUGAUCUGAAACCCAACACAAUUUACAAGCUCAACAGGUUCAGCGCCAGACCUUCCAAAUAUGUUUACAGAGUCUCACCGCACCAGCACGGGAUCAGAUUCACCAACAAGACAAUCUUCGCUCCUGUUCAUGAAGGGGACUACCAGAUUGAUUCUCAGCAAUUUCGUAUACGAGAUUUCAAAGUGUUCACUGACAUUGUUGAUAAGCACCAAAUCUUUUUGGUGAGCACUUUUUACUCUCUAGACAAUAUAAAUCUUCGACUCUAA